CCAAGGAGAAAAUUUUUUUUUCAGCAUAUUUAUUUAUAAGGAUCCAAACAUGUCGAUUCCGGUAGCGUUAGCUGUUCUUCAUCAGCUUAUCUAGGGUUUAGUGAAUAAUGGAUUCUAAAUCAAUCAGCGCGGAAGAAAAUUGGACAGCGAAUCCCAUGGAGCUCUCUGAGGAGAUUCGUUCUACCGGUUCGAGGAAGCACAAGGCGGAUGAUGGUGGCUCCCCGCUGUCCCCGCUGGAAACUUCCGAUGAAUUCGAAGACGAUGACAUGGGGGAGUACGACGAAGAACAAGGUGGUGAUGGGGAGGAAAGCGACGUUUCUAGCCGUGAGGAGGGCCAAGAAUGGGACGUUGAUAGUUUCGACGAUGGAUUCGAUUACAGACCCAAACGGAAUCUGGAUCCCAACGAUGAGUUAGGUCAAAAAAUGCAUCGAUAUAGAUCUCAGAUGUACCGGAGCAAGGGUUUCGAUGUGGAUCGAGAAAACUACCCUGGGUUUGUGGUGUACCGACCACUCGUUCCCAUUGAUCUUAAUAAACCAUUUACAUACAUGGGAUGUAAGCACACAGGCGAGCUCACAGGCCGGGUGGUCAUGCAGAACAUGGUAGAUAUGGCUCUUGAAAGAUACAAUACAAUCAAGGGAUCUACUGUGACUUGUGAGUAUAUUGUGAGAGUUGUAGUUUCUAAGGUGUGCGGACUCAAAGCGUACAUUACUUUCAUGGCUAGAGAGUUUGCGGGUGGAGGUCUGGUGGAGUAUCAAGCUAAGACUGACAAGAGGAUAUAUCAAAGGAACCCUCAUGUCAUAUUUUGCAGGCCAGCUCCAAAACACAAAGAUCCCAAGGAUGAUGAUUUUGUCUACACGGAUUCUUCAAGUGAUGAGGAGGAUAGUGACGCGUCCAGCCGUGGAAGUGGCCAAGAAUGGGACGUGGAUAGUUUAGACGACCAACCUGAUUACAAACUCCCAAGGGUGCAUACUCCUUCCGACGAUGAAGCUCAAAAAAUGCGCCUAUAUAGACCUUUGAUGAUCAAGAGCAAGGGUUUCAAUGUGGAUGGAGAAUGCUACUCUGGGAGGAUGCGCUACUUCACUCCCGUUGAUCUUAAUAAAGACAUAAUAGUGCCUUAUGGGAUUACAGGCCGUGAGUACAUGCAAAACAUGGUGGAUUUGGCUCUUGAAAAAUACAACAAAAUCAAGGGAUCCACUGUGACAUGUGAAUUUGUUGUGAAGGCUAAUCUGACUAAAGUGGGCGGAUACAAGUCAUACAUCACUUUCAUGGCUAGAGAGGUUCCAGGUGGAGAUCUUGUGGAGUAUCAAGCCAAGACAGAGAAGAAGUUUUCGCAAAGGAAAGCUCAUGCUAUCUUUUGCAGGCCAAGUCCAAAAUCAGAAGAUUGAUGUUGCUACCUACGGAUCAAGCUUUUAUGAGUGGUGAUGAACAAGUAAACUAAGGAGAAACCUAUGUAUUUUAGUUUGUCUUAAUUUUCCUAAUCAGACCCUGUUUAGAGUAAGAAUGAGAUAUUGUUGCUACUUUAAUUGGAUUAGAAUGUUAUUAUUAGUCCAGUAAAAAUAUUAAAAUGGUA